UGGGUUCGAGUUUAUUACGGUUGGUUGUGAAUGGUUGUGUAGGUUAUAUUUCUUUUCUCAUUGUUUUGUUAACUGAAUUUUUUUAACUCCGAAGUAGGUUUUAAAUAAAAGAAAUGUACAGCAAUUACCAAAAACAACCUGAUUAUCCAGCUGCCCUAGGAUUAUUUUCACAUCUGAAUGCCGAAGAACUUAAGGAAUUACUAAACGAUGACAACAAAUUUGAUGAUAUGAUGAAAGAUGUAAAACAAAUUAAAGAUUUAGAGGCUGAAAAAGAAAUGUUGAUAGCAAGUAACAGAUCACUUGCAGAAUUUAAUCUCACAAAAGAGCCACAUCUAGCUGAAGGAAAGCAACACCUUCAAGAAUUAAGUGAAAGGGGAGCAGCAUUGUGUCAGAGAAUAGAAAGCAGAGUUUCAGAGCUUAAACAACAGUGUGGUGACAUGACACCAGAAACAACGCUUGCAUUAUUGCAGACGGCAGCAGCAGAAUCAGAAGAAGAAUCAGAAGCCAUUGCAGAAAAUUUUCUGGAGGGGAAUUUGAAUAUUGACAGUUUUCUUGAACAGUUUACUGCCAGAAGAAAUCUGAUGCACCUACGACGUGUAAAAGCAGAUAAAAUGGCAGAAUUGCUAACAAAACAACGUAACGCUUCACAUCUAAAUUCUGUAUCAUCCCCAGCACAAGGAUACAUCCAUCACACUGCUCCAAGCCAUAUGCCAUUACCACCAGUUACAGGAUCAAUGCCAUAUCCUGCUGUUGGAAUGUACAUGCCAUUACCAGGAUCGUAUGGUGCCAAUGUUUUCUGAAGCCUCAUAAUUACCGAGAUACGCAUUAAAUUGUGUUAUGGUGCAUAAAUAAAGGACUUCCUAUGUUGUAGAAUUGUACACAUGAUUCUUUUCACACUUCUUCAAUUUCUAUGUACAUUUAUAUAAAUACAUGUAUAUUGUAAAAUAUAUAUAUACUGUACACACAUAUAUGCAUAUAUCAACAGAUUUUUCAAGAGGAAUAUAUUACAUUAAUGACUCAUAAAUACUGUAACAAUAAAACUAAGAAUGUAGCAUUAUUAAAUUAUUUUAUAACA